UGACAUCCAUAUGACGGAAGUGAGGGAGAGGCUAAAAGCGGUGACUAGCUGGUUCAGCUUAAGAGAGCUAGUUAUCUGUGCUUUGAAGACAUUCGGCGUCUUAAGGAAGUUGGCACAGCCUAGAUUUCAUACGACUGAUUGACUUCAAGCUGAAAUUACUCGAUUGUAGCUACCUACUGUCUUCUACUUUAUAAACAACAUCCCUGUCUCAAAACCUGUCAACACCUACAUCGAGCAUCAACUCGCUACAUCACUCCUGGGUGCAGUCCGGCCAAGAAAAUAAUGUCCUACAGUUGAAGAUGGGCGGUAGUGGCUCCAAAACCAAAGGAUAUUGGCCUUUUGCAGGUUCAGGCAGUGGUGAUGGCGAUCCAACCAAAGAGGGAGUCGACGAACAGUCGCUGGCAAGGCUCAGAAGUUUCCGAAAUGGGACGCCCUUCGUGUUUACCAGAAGGAGCUCCCUGUACUUUGACGAAGAUGGAGACCUGGCCCACGAGUUCUACGAGGAGACAGUUGUGACGAAGAAUGGCCGCAGGAGGUCCAAACUGAAGAAGAUCCAGAAAAACCUCAUACCUCAGGGAACCAUACAUCUGGAGCACCCCUGCAUCCAUGUGGAUUUCCCUGUCGUUCUCUGUGAGGUUUGAUGAAGCCUGGUUCCAUGUUUUGAGACCAAACUCAGAUGAGCCACUGUGUCAACUCGGUCCCUUUGUUUCCCUCGCCACAUAUACUUUACCCUGAAGCCCUCCACGUACCCUCCUCUAAUACGCCAUGGUCUCCCGGUGAUGUUUGGCCGGCGUCCUGACCUGUGAGGACAGAUGUGCUGUUGCUCAAAGCGUGUUCAGGCUCUGCAUGACCUGUGGACUCUGUAAGGUGUGGCCUGUGUGCAGUCACGUUACACACAGUAGUGAGUGGCCACUUACAGAGACAAUCGGUGGUCUGUAAAAGGUGUCGGAGAAGAUGGAUGAUGAUGAAGACAUCAUUCUGCUCCCGUUACCCUCAACCUAUUCAAUAAAUACAAUGCAGGUCCUGUGUGUGUUAGUGGAAAUGAAAUGUGACAAUGUAUCUGCCUGUCUCGCAUUAGUGUGCUCUGGUAGGAUGAUCCACUGUACUUUGUAAGGAGAAUGUAAGAGGCCAAUUGAACCAUGGGCUGUUAAGUAGAGUGUGUCAGAAUAGGCCGGAGGUCCUAUAUCUUUAAAUCCUGGCCUAGAGAGUGAAUUUACCAUCUGUACGGAGCAGCGAGGGGAACAGGUAUUAAGGGGUGAGAUUUUCCGUUACCUGUUCAGUCUUCAGCGCGUCCAAAUUUAGAGUUGCAAAAUUCCAGGAACUUUCAAUAAAUUCCCUGGUUUUACAGAAAUCCCAUUUGGAAGAUUCCCAGAAUGGGCAGGAAAUCCAGAAUCCUCCAACCAGGAUUUCUCGAAAACCAGGGAAUUUUUUGAAAGUUCCUGGAAUUUUGCAACCCUAUUCCAGGGUAAUGAGAGGGCUUAACCCAUUAGGGCAAAAUCCUGAGGUCAGAGGUAUAGGAACAUUUUAAUGGACAUUUUACAUCCGGGAUGGGCAACUCCAGUCCUCGGGGGCCAGAGGCGUAUCACACUUUUCCCCCCAUCCUUAGCAAACAUAGCUGAUUAAACAUUCUAAACUGAAGAUCAUAAUUAGUUGAUUAUUGGAGUCCGGUGUGUUAGCUGGGGCAAAGGUGUGACGCCAAUCAGGCCACUAAGGACUGGAGUUUCCAUCCCUCUUUUACAUGUACAAGUUUUUUUUAUAGUUUUUUUUAUGCUGUGUCAUGUCUUUAUAUAGUUUCCACCAUGACUGAUGCUGGCUCUGCUUCUGUCAUUUCCCCAUGGAGCUUAGACAAUUGUUGGCCAAUGUGAUCUGAGCUGAUUGUAAUGUGAUGUGUUUUAUUGUUUGACUGGCUGAAGCUUCUCAUAGUAGGCGCUGAUCUAGGAUCAGUGUUAACCUUUUGAGAUCAUAGUGAAUAAGAUUAAAUGGAAGGGGGACCUGAUCCUAGAUCAGCAAUCCUACUCCGAGCUGCUUUUUUAAGUACAGUCCCAGGCUUUGACUCGAGUCCCCCUGCGAAAGUCCUGUUCCUUCACUGGUCUGGGCGAUAUAUUUUAAUUGUUAAUUUAUUAUAACUGUUCUACAAUGGCAUUGUUUUAAAAAAAAAUCACAACUCAAAAUAUA